AUGCUACCGGUAUUGCCCAGCUCACAUAUCGUUCAACAAAAUCGUUUAGUGGAUAACAAAACGAGUAACGCCAAUUCUUCGCGCCAAACCCAAAGCCCCACACAGCCAAGUGGCCUCAAACGCAGCUCCAGUAUGAUUUUUCGCAUUGAGCAUUUAUUGCCGCCCACAUCAUCAUCGGCUGCACCAGCACCUGCUUCAUCUGCAGGGAACUCGGUGACACCACCUCCAUCCUCCUCGCAUCAAGGAUCACCAAAAAAAUCAAAGUUCAUAAGGGCCGGAAUACACGUGACCCAGGCUAUAGCAAAAGACACCCAAUCUGUGUUAUUCGACACCCAAGACUUAAUCACUGCAGCCGAAGUGACCACCACGGAAUCCUCGACACGUGUCUAUUGCUCUUUGACACCACAAGGCGAUAAACUGUCAAUAAGUGCAUCACAAAUGCGUAAAAUUAAGCUCUCCGAAGAUAUUCACAGCUACAAUGCCUUAUUCGAGCUGAAAGGAGGCCAAGUCAUGUUACGAGUGGUUCGUGAUGUCGAACGGGAAGAGGAGUUGGUGGCCUGGUUUGGGGAAGAGUUGACCCUUAUGAUGGCCAUACCCUUCUUGACACCCCUUAAUAUACAAGGAAACAAUCGUUAUAUGUGCCAUUGGUGCCACUUGACCUUUGAGACUCCAAAUCCUUUGAAAAUUCAUUUGGCCUUGGGCUGUGGUCGUCACAAUAUUGAUGUUCUGUGGAUACGCCUACAUUAUGCCCUGAGGGCCAAGCAGUACACUCACACACCUGCACGCACUUCACCCCUGUUGCCCACCACAAGCUCCGCAACCUCAGCACCGACACUGUCGCCUUCGUACUCACCACCACCACCACAGUCUCCAACACAGCCCACCUCACCAAUGCCUAGAUUUUCAGCCUUUAAACCCAUAUCGCUGUCAACACCAGUUAACCAACAGCCGCAACUUGCGCCCCCGCCAACAUCACUCUCCGUUUCUCUAGCCAGUGCCCUGAGUGUAGCUCCCCACCAUCACACCUCCAGCCCGCACAUGUCCUUCUUGCCGUCGCUCUCCACAGCUGCCUUUCCACACAUGAGUCUGCUGCAGCCCACCUCUUCAAAUCCUCUAAAUGCUGCUGCCCAAAUUGAAGCCAUUGUCAGCAAUAUGGGUGCCUCCAAACAAGGUCAUCUAUGUAUUUACUGUGGCAAAAUGUAUUCCCGCAAAUAUGGUUUGAAAAUUCACAUAAGGACCCAUACAGGCUUCAAGCCCCUGAAGUGCAAAUAUUGCCUGAGGCCCUUUGGUGAUCCCAGUAAUCUGAACAAACACAUACGCCUUCAUCUGCAGUCGAAUGCCAAUGCCGGCAAUGCAGGCUCGGAGACCUAUCAAUGUACCUUGUGCCAUAAGACCUUCGGAAGACGUAGGGAUCUUCAAAAGCAUAUGGAAAAUAGACACAGUGAAUCGGGCCUGCCUACAGUCGAGAAACCGGAAACAAGUCAUUCGGAUUGA